CAACGAACAUUCAGUAUCGUUCGCAUUCCGCUGGCCUCCACUCCAGCAACACGCGAAACGACACAGGCACAAUGGCAACGCCAGCACCGCGCGGAUUCGUCGUCGACGCGGAAGUCGACCCAUUCGUGCCCGAGGCCGAUAGCGACUUCUUCGACUACCCUCCCUAUGCCGUGUGCAUUGGAAAGCACGCCAAAGAUGCAUUUUCCCCUCCCGCCGUUACCAAACGAGACCCCAGCACAUACAAGGGCAAGUGGGCCCAGCGCGAAUGGGGCGAAUGGAGUGAGCUCAUAUCGGACACGGCUAUCAUGUACAAAGGUCAAUAUUACGCGCUCUGGGAUAUGGUUGAGGUGUCCGACCACAAGGUCCGCGUUCGGGGUCGUGGACGCAAGCGUAAGCGUACGAUAUACCAUGUGCCGGCCUAUGCUGUUAUUGCCGAAAUCCGCCCACCAUUGUGUCUCUUUGUCUGGUUCUACACUAGGAAAGACGCGAAGCAGUUCCAUAUUUCUACCAAAAAGUGGCAAGCUGCGGCUGGUCCGGACCGCCUAAUGCUCUCCGCGCACGCUGACAUCUGCCCAAUCUGCGAUAUCACUGGCCCGAUGUCUAAGAUCAAACGCGGAGAAGUACACUUGGACCAUAUCCUCCACUUCAACCCGCCUCAGGCUAUUAUGACGAACGAUCUCUCCGACACGUGCUACAUGCGGGCUCUUAUUCGGCAUGUCCAGGAGACGUCUACGGACUUGCAGGGCCCGGACGCUACCGAGCAGCCAAAACCGUCCGCGAGUCCCGCUAGAAAGUGCAUCAAAAUCAAAAAGGAAAAGCAGGACGAAUAACCUAACAAUCAACAUCUUCUGAGAGUUCAACUACGCGUUUCGGAGAAUCAGUUACGGCGCAGCUGUGACUCGUUGACAUGACCGACUCUAUUCUGUCAGAGAGACGGAUAUAGCAAUGCAAGAAGGGUUCACAGGAGAGACGUGGAAGCCCGGCAACGCCGCCAAGCUGCUCGAUCGUAGCUGAGGGGGCCAGAGAGAGACAGUAAUUUCUAUAGGUAAACAUGCGUCUGUAAAU